UCAAAGUGCUCCGAGUCUCCAAAGGGGGAGAGGGUUUUGCACUUUUGCUUUUGCAUCAUUGGCGCUGGACUCUGGAGCUCUGCUCUGUUGCUCUGCUCAAACCAUUUCACCAUGAAGCUCGUACGGUUUUUAAUGAAGUUAAACAACGAGACUGUCUCCAUCGAGCUCAAAAACGGAACUGUUGUCCAUGGCACUAUCACAGGGGUUGAUGUUAGCAUGAAUACACAUUUGAAGACUGUGAAGCUAACGCUGAAAGGAAAAAACCCAGUUACCCUUGACCAUCUGAGUGUGAGGGGGAACAACAUUCGUUAUUAUAUUCUCCCUGACAGCUUGAAUCUGGAAACUUUGCUUGUGGAGGAGACACCAAGGGUUAAGCCUAAGAAGCCAGCUGCUGGGAGGCCUUCGGUACGUGGACGUGGCCGGGGGCGUGGACGUGGCCGGGGUCGAGGUCGCUAAUUGCCUUAUGCAAUUUGCCUGUGUCAGUUUUUGCAGCAUCAUGUACUUUACUAUUGGAGUAUAUUAGAGGAGAAUUGAAGGGAACAACCAGCUUGAAGGAUAGGAAGAAUCCUUCUAGCUUUUCCCUAGUUGCCUGUUCUAUAAAUGUAACUAAGUUUCAUCGCGAGAAAAUUUAAGGGGAGAGUCUAGUUAAACAAUCAGUUAACAGAGUUGCAUUCGCUUUAAUUUUUCCAUGAGAAAGAAAAUCUAGGCAAAUGCCGCUAGCAGAUGCUGCAGACAUGGAACAGGGUAAUUAUAAAUUUCCGGGGAUGGCGAUUGCAGUCUCCAUUGCAAGCUUUAUCAUUCUUAUAACUGUCGGAUUAUAUCAAAAAUAGUAACCUGUCAUGUUUUAAUUUUUUGCUUCAACCGCAUAUUGUUUUGUGAGUUUAAUGUUA